AUGACGCUCCCUGCCUCGAAGGACGAGCCCUUAAAUGUUGCCGCCUCCUUUCCCGCUCUGUUUGUUGACCUCUUUUCUCAUACAAUCUGCCAUCGCCCCGCUGGGUAUAAUUUUGUGGAAUCCCGAGCCUUGACCGGGACCUCAGCCUGGCUGGGCUUUCUUCUGGGAUGGGCCAUAUGGCGGCUCUUCUUCCAGCUUCGGUUGGACGUACGUCCACAGGUCUAUGCUUUGGUGCCAGGUCCUCCUGUUUGUCCUGGUAGAGCCCAGCAAGACGGCGGGUGCCCAAGAGUAAUUACCGCAGCGAAUCCUCUUGGGCCUCUUGUUCGAUUUGUGCUGGCAACCCCGUCCCCGCCUGCAGUCUUCAUCGGUCCAGCACCACAGAUUCUGCCUGCUAUGUUUUGCUUUGCUUCUCCUGAGUGUAUGGAUAGACAGGGCCGGCAUUUAAGAAGAUCCGCUGUGGCGGCCCCUCUUCGCCCGCAUUCGUUGCGCCAUAUAACUAUCCACGAGCGAGAGCAGUGGAUGGAGCAACAACAAGGCUCCGGCGGUAUUGAAGAAGAAGGUUUGCACCUUUGUAAGAUUCGAUUGUGUUUUGUAGAAAUUCGGGAUGUGUGUGGGAAUUUGUCUUUUGAUAGGCACAGACCACGAUAUGAUAUCGGUUUGCUAUUUUUGACACUGGAUAACAAGCAGGACCGGGACAGUGCCCCUUAUUAUAGAUUUUGGACACUGAUCCUGACAAGGCUCAAGGGAGUAUCCUCGUACACCCCUGGACAGGGAUCGGGGAUUUGGAAUCAUGCCACCUAUGUUUUGGGAGCGCGACAUUCUGCAUCCCAAGACUCGGGAUGGUGUGUGGUUUUCAUGGUGUACCACAUCCCAAGCUCUAGCGCUACGACCCUAAGUAUCUUCUUCUAG